GCAAAGUUUGGCUGUGGCGGCAAAUGGGCUUGGGCGGCUCCUUGGCGGGUGGCGGCGGUGGCCGUAGCGGUUCCUCCCGGCCCUGUUAAUGUCGGGGCCAGGCCCGGGGAGGAUGGCGCCCUAGAGCCCGGCCUUGCUGGGGCAGGGGCGGGAGGGGACGGGGUGGGCACCGGCCAUGUCGGAGGUGACCCGGAGCCUGCUGCAGCGCUGGGGCGCCAGCUUCAGGCGAGGCGCCGACUUCGACUCCUGGGGCCAGCUGGUGGAGGCGAUAGACGAAUAUCAGAUAUUAGCAAGACACCUACAAAAGGAGGCCCAAGCUCAACACAAUAAUUCUGAAUUCACAGAAGAACAAAAGAAAACCAUAGGCAAAAUUGCAACAUGCUUGGAAUUACGAAGUGCAGCUUUACAGUCCACACAGUCCCAAGAAGAAUUUAAACUGGAGGAUCUGAAGAAGCUAGAACCAAUCCUAAAGAACAUUCUUACGUAUAAUAAAGAAUUCCCAUUUGAUGUUCAGCCUGUCCCCUUGAGAAGAAUUUUAGCACCAGGUGAAGAAGAGAAUUUGGAAAUUGAAGACGACGAAGACGAGGGUGGUGCCGGAGCGGGGGCUCCGGAUUCCUUUCCUGCUAGAGUUCCUGGUACCUUAUUACCAAGGUUGCCGUCUGAACCAGGAAUGACCUUACUUACUAUCAGAAUUGAGAAAAUUGGCCUGAAAGAUGCCGGGCAGUGCAUUGACCCCUAUAUCACAGUUAGUGUGAAAGAUCUGAAUGGCAUAGAUUUAACUCCUGUGCAGGACACUCCUGUGGCUUCGAGAAAAGAAGAUACAUACGUUCAUUUCAAUGUGGACAUUGAGCUCCAGAAGCAUGUUGAAAAAUUAACCAAAGGUGCAGCUAUUUUCUUUGAAUUCAAACACUACAAGCCUAAAAAAAGGUUUACCAGCACCAAGUGUUUUGCUUUUAUGGAGAUGGAUGAGAUCAGACCUGGGCCCAUCGUCAUAGAACUAUACAAGAAACCCACUGACUUUAAAAGAAAGAAACUGCAGUUAUUGACCAAGAAACCACUUUAUCUUCAUCUACAUCAGACUUUGCACAAGGAAUGAUCCUGACAUGAGUGACCUGGACGUCUGUGAAUCUCCCCCUCAGUUGAGACUGUCACAGCUCUGUGUAGCAUAGUCACCCUUCAGCAGGCAGGACGCAGGCCGCACCCGGCAGCGAAAGCCGGACGGUCCGUUACUCGGCUGCACCGCGGACCUCCAGCCCGGCCCUCCACUGACCUGGAAGACUCCUUUGGAUACAGGCUUAGCGUAGAUCUCGAAAUGUUUUCCCUUCUCUAUUAUUGUGCAAUUAACAGUCUCUUUUCUCAUUUACCACUCCUCCUGCCCUGCUUCCUGGAACACUGUUGCGGGUGGGAUGUGCUCACCUUCAGACUUAAUACAGCAAUAAGAAUGUGCUAGAGUUUACACACCUGUUCACUUCUGCUCUGAUAUGCUCUUUGGUUUUUCCAGUUAAUGUCACACUCUGGGUAGACGUGGGUAGCACAGUAUGCAACUGCUUAGAGCGGAACUGGACCUCUUCAUGCUGCCCCAGGCUGCUCCUCACAGAUGCCUGGGUUCACCGGAUCUCGUGGUGUUCCUGCCUAGAAACAGCGUGCCUUGGCCAAGUCAGUGUCCCAGGUGGGAGUGUUCCCAGGUUGUAGCUGUGAUUUUUCCAGACCCGAUCGUUUUUCUGGAAGUGAGCAUAUUUUUAGUCUUGUUGAUUAGUUUUCUCCUACACCAUCUGGUUCCUCUUCCUGAGAGUCAUUCUAGGGUUAAUGAUGGUGGAACCAUCUCAGAAUCAUUACAAACUUUGGAUGGGUUUAUAAUGUCUUCUAAAUUACAUAAUCUAAAAAUAAUCUGAGUCAGAUGCUAACAAGUUACUGCAGGAAUCACUGCUGUUUUUCUGACAACUGAUUGUGAAACUGUAAAACCUGCAUCCUCUUCUUGUAGUGAUGAGGAUGCAGGUCUGGGGAUACUCUAUUUUUCUUUAUAUAGGUAGAUAGGAUUGCCAUUUAUUUCCUAUUUAGAUAUAUUGACAUUCAUCCAUAUGGAAAUAUGCAGGUCAUUAGCUUAUUGUAAUUUGACUAUUUACGUUCUUUUGCCUUCAUAAUGGGGCAUAAGUAAAACUUGGGUAGUACACACAGGUGGCUGUUUGAUACAUGGGACAUUAAGACUUGGGGUGGGCUUUCUUGCUUCUUGUGGGUCAGGUGGGGAGCCCACGCCUUUCAUGUCACCAUUUACGUGACCAAGGCCGACACAAGGAGGGCACAGGGCCAGUGCUUGGCCCAUUUUUAAGCCAGUGUAACAAGCCUCACCGUACCGUUCCGUCUGUUUGCUUUUUAAAAUAAGUCACCACAGUUAGAUUCCAGCCCUUGCACUUCAAGAGAUCUAGUCUCCACUUUCAGUUGUCUGUUAGGUCAAUUCUGUUUACUAUGAUGGACGUUGAAAACCAUUCAAGCCUGAAAAGAAUUCUCGGCCAAAAUCAGUCUUGCCUCUCAUCUUGAUUAGAUUAGUUCCCAAAGGAUCCCGCCCACAGUAGCUUGAGGGGAUGAAGCAUUUGCCUUAAUGAUGACUUUGUGGUUCACUCAGCUCUGAGACUGUGAGUCGUCAGCCCCCUUCCCCCCAGACUGUAAGCUCCUCAAGGGCAAGAAGCACAUUUUCUCCGUGUGUCGAGGGGCCUGCCAGCACUCUGUACCCUGUGCAGUACUCGCUACCUUUGGUCUGAUGUUGCUGAUGAGACCUAAAAAAUAAUCCCUUAAAAAUCCUACCAUUAAAAUGUAGCAAAACUGA